AUCGUAAUCAUCGCCUGGCUGGCGGCUUUGGGGUGUAAAACGUCGUCGUUUUGAUUUUGAGAUGUGUCAGAAUUCAGCUGUUAUAAAUACCGCGGCAGAGAUCGAGCAGCAGUCACUGCGUUUUCGUGGGAGGAGGGACACACAAUGGCUGCUGUCGAUUGAGCGAUGGUCGGGACAGGAACAAAGUUUUAAAGUGGAAAAAUGUUUCUAAGACGGAGCAAGAGGCUCAAUGACAGAUUGGCUAACACAAGCGGCAGCAACAACAGAGUUUCGAAUGAGACAGCAGAGCAAGAGGCAAGAUCUGAUCUUUCAAAAGAGGUUCUGGAAUUGAUUCUUUCGCGGUUAAGCCUCAUAGACAACAUCCGCGCAUCUGUUGUCUGCAAGAAUUGGCUGGCUGCUGCUGUUUCGGUUCGGAAGAUAAACAAAAUUCCAUGGCCGAUGGAUAUCCCUGAACGCAGCUGGUUCUUCAGCUUUUAUGAUCUAACACAAGGCAAAACACAUUGGCUUACAUUGCCAGGGCUAAGACCUGCUGCCAUCUACUAUGUCAAGUAUGGUUGGUUGCUUAGUUUCGACCAUUACACUUGCCGACUCUUUUUCACAAAUCCAUAUACUCGGACAGAGAUAGAAUGCCCCAAACUAGAAGGGAAUUGGAAUAAAGUGGCCUUUUCUGCUCCUCCAACAUUGCCGAGUUGUAUAGUCUUCACAGUGGAUGAGGUGACACCCGACUCUGUUGCCAUCCACACUUGCCACCCGGGGGACAAAGAAUGGACUACCAUGGUAUGUGAAAACAACCGUAACUUUUGUUGCAGCCUAUAUAAUAGGAUUGUUGUCUGCAACGGAAUUUUUUAUAGUCUCAGUACAACUGGUUGGGUGGGGGUUUACCAUACAGAACAAUGUUCUUGGAAAGUUCUCCCGAUCAGUCCCCCUAAUUGUUUGGAGAUUCCACCCGUUGGUGAUUGGUGGAAACAAAGAUUUUUAGCGGAGUAUGAUGGUGAGAUUGUCGCGGUGUAUGCUCAGAUCGGCGUUGUAGCAGCUGUAUAUAGGUUAGAUGAAGUCCAUGGGUUUUGGGAGAAAAUAGAGGAUCUGAAUGGAAGGACUUUCUUUGCUAGCUUAGUAACUUCCUAUAUCAAAGCAGAUUUGCCGGGAAAAAUGGGGGACAAUAUUUAUUUCCCAAGGGUUCAAUUUCACAAGCAGCACCGCAUCAUGUAUUCAAUGCGCAAGAGAAGAUACUAUCCGGGAGUGAAGGCUUUCGACCUCAGCGAUGAGUCUCUUCUUACCAACUUUUGGAUUGAUUCCCCUGAAGGUCCUAUAGGCGGUUCUUGAGACAUUGAUUAUUGUAGAAAAUGGUCGCGUAAGAGUACUUGUCUCAGACUUAAACUAUCAUUCGAUUUCUUUUCUCUUUUAUUUUCUUGAGUUUAAGAACUCGGCCAUCUAUAUGUUGUGUUGAAUA